CGUAGUCCACGUGCCGCCGACGGCAGUCUGGGGUCGGGGUCUGUGGCCCGCGGCUUUUUCGGUUGUGGGACAGAAGACUCGUUCCCCGGACAGUUGACAGCUGGUGGGAGUGCGCCAGACGGGGAUAUGAGGCCCGGGGACUCGCCUCCGCGGCUUCUUGUGGCCCUGGGGGCCUGCAGAGCCGCCCCGACCCGCGGGCUGCCCCCUCCUCCCGGCGGAUAGCUGCCGCCCCCUGUGCUGACACGCACAGGCCACAUCGCACCACUCUGGGCCCCGCUACCCGACCGGCGACCCGCUAGAAGUGCCAACCUCGCCCGCGGCGGCCGGUGGGGACUAAGGAACAGAAACGAGGACUAACUUGGCCAGGGUCACCUGCAGUGAAUGGCAUGGCCGGGAGAAGAACCGGGCCAACCCCCUGCCACUGCGCCGCGCCUGUUUGACGUGUGGGGGCUCCCGGGGGACCGGCUGCCAUCCGCUUCAGGUGGAUCACUAACCAAGCUGGCCUACUAUUCAACAGUGCAGCACAAAGUGGCCAAAGUGAGGUCCUUUGACCACUCUGGAAAGGAUGCAGAGCAAGACCACGAGCCACCCUACGAGAUCUCAGUCCAAGAAGAGAUCACGGCUCGUCUGCAUUUCAUUAAGUUCGAGAACACCUACAUCGAGGCCUGCCUGGACUUCAUCAAAGACCACCUGGUCAAUACUGAGACCAAGGUUAUCCCGGCCACAGGUGGCGGAGCCUAUAAGUUCAAGGAUCUCAUUGAGGAGAAGCUACAGCUGAAAGUGGACAAGGAGGAUGUGAUGACCUGCCUGAUAAAGGGGUGCAACUUUGUGCUGAAGAACAUCCCACAUGAGGCCUUCGUGUAUCAGAAAGACACCGAACCUGAGUUCCGAUUCCAGACCAAUCACGCCAACAUUUUCCCGUACCUCCUGGUCAAUGUUGGCUCUGGCGUCUCCAUCGUGAAGGUAGAGACGGAGGACAGGUUCGAGUGGAUUGGUGGCAGCUCCAUUGGCGGCGGCACCUUCUGGGGGCUCGGGGCACUGCUCACCAAGACAAAGAAGUUCGAUGAGCUGCUACAUCUGGCCUCAAAGGGCCAGCAUGCCAAUGUGGACAUGCUGGUACAGGACAUCUACGGCGGAGCCCACCAGACUCUGGGGCUGAGUGGCAACCUCAUCGCCAGCAGCUUCGGGAAGUCGGCCACUGCUGACAAAGAGUUCUCCAAGGAAGAUAUGGCCAAGAGCCUGCUGCACAUGAUCAGCAACGACAUCGGGCAGCUCGCCUGCCUCUAUGCCAAGCUCCACCGCCUGGACAGAGUGUACUUUGGGGGCUUCUUCAUCCGGGGCCACCCUGUGACCAUGCACACCAUCACCUACAGCAUUAACUUCUUCUCCAAGGGAGAAGUGCAGGCACUGUUCCUGAGACACGAAGGCUACCUGGGGGCCAUCGGGGCAUUCUUAAAAGGAGCCGAGCAUGACAAUCCAAACCAGUACAGCUGGGGCGAGAACUACGCCGGCAGCUCUGGGUUGAUGAGCGCGUCACCCGAGCUGUGCCCCACCCAGCGGGCGCGGAGUGGCACAUUUGACCUGCUGGAGAUGGACCGGCUGGAGAGGCCCCUGGUCAACCUGCCCCUCCUCCUGGACCCAUCCUCCUACGUACCCGACACGGUGGACCUCACUGACGAUGCCCUAGCCCGGAAGUACUGGCUCACCUGCUUCGAGGAGGCCCUGGAUGGGGUGGUGAAGCGCGCCGUGGCCAGCCAACCUGAGUCGGCAGAUGCAGCUGAGAGGGCCAGGAAGUUCCGGCAGAAGUAUUGGAGCAAGCUGCAGACCCUGCGGCACCAGCCCUUCGCUUACGGGACGCUGACCGUGCGCAGUCUGCUGGACACGCGGGAGCACUGUUUGAACGAGUUCAGCUUCCCAGACCCCUACUCCAAGGUAAAGCAGAAGGAAAACGGCAUUGCGCUCAAGUGCUUCCAGUGUGUGGUCCAGGCCCUGGACGCGCUGGGCUGGGAGGAGAGGCAGCUGGCCCUGGCGAAGGGGCUGUUGGCGGGCAAUGUCUUCGACUGGGGGGCCAAGGCUGUGUCUGACGUCCUUGAAUCUGACCCCCAGUUUGGGUUUGAAGAGGCGAAGAAGAAGCUGCAAGAGCGCCCCUGGCUGGUGGACUCCUACAGCAAGUGGCUUCAGAGAUUAAAGGGGCCCCCUCAUAAAUGUGCCUUAAUUUUCGCAGAUAACAGUGGAAUAGACCUCAUUUUGGGAGUCUUCCCCUUUGUCAGGGAGCUACUCCUUAGAGGGACGGAGGUCAUCCUGGCAUGCAACUCGGGCCCCGCCCUGAACGACGUGACGUACAGCGAGUCUCUCAUCGUGGCCGAGCGCAUCGCAGCCAUGGACCCCAUCGUCCACUCCGCACUCCAAGAAGAGAGGCUGCUGCUGGUGCAGACGGGUUCCAGCUCCCCAUGCCUUGACCUCAGCCGCCUGGACAAGGGGCUGGCCGUGCUGGUGCGGGAGCGCGGCGCUGACCUGGUGGUCAUCGAGGGCAUGGGCCGGGCUGUGCACACCAACUACGAUGCGGCGCUGCGCUGCGAGAGCCUCAAGCUGGCCGUGCUCAAGAACGCCUGGCUGGCCGAGCGGCUGGGUGGCCCACUCUUCAGUGUCAUCUUCAAGUAUGAGGUUCCGGCCGAGUGAGGCCACCGUCAGCCGUCGCUGUCCCUGCCAGGACUGUGUUAUUCCUCGGGGAGGAGCCUGCGUUCACUCGGACCGUUUCCACCAAGCUGGUGACUGACGGCAUGCGUGCCGGGCCACUGCACAGAGCUGUCUUGUGAGACACUUGUGUUGGAAUGUAUUUAACUGUUAAAUAAUCUUUUAUACACACACAUCACAUAUAUAUAUAUAUACACAUAUAUAUAUAUAUAUAUAUAUAAAAAUAUAUAAGUACAUACA